AUGGACCUGGAUGAAUUCUCCGACGACGGUCUCGACGAUCUUCCCGAGAAUGCUCUGCGCGAAAUUGAAAAUCAGGCCAUCCAGCUCACGCAAGCGCAAGCACGGCUGCCCCAGGACCAGUCGAGGUCCUCAAUCGACGCCCGAGCCCAACAAUCCGAUUACGGCUGGGAGGAAGACGAUGACUUGGAUACCGCUCAGGUUGUCAACGAUGCCGGGGUGCCCAUUAGUCGGCGGCCUGGCUUUCCCAAAACGCCUGCGCAGGUUCCCACCAACCCGCCACCGCGUCGAACCAUACCACCGGUGCCUAAUCCGCAAUGGAAUCCAACUCUGGCGCAGAGUGUCCGACCGACCGCGCCCAUGACGCAACUACCUCCACGAGCAGGCAUCGCCGCCGCCUCGCAGCGAUUCAACCCCUCGCAGGCCACCGCAGCCGCCAGCCAGGCGCCGCUGCUGACGCAGACGCAGCCCGGCGACGUGCUGUCCGCGCUGCAAAUUCGGAUCCGGGCACUAGAGUACGAUCUCAACGCUGCGCGCGGCGAGGCGUCUAUUCUCCGCGCCAACUCGGUCAAGGCUCAGCGUGAGUUUGACGCUACCGUCUCGACGCUGAAGCGGGCCAACGCCGAGCAGCUCGACAAGCACAGCCGCGCGGUGGAGGCGGCGGCCGCAGCAGAGCGGUCGGCCAACACGGAGCUGCAAUUUCUGCAGCAGGACAUGAAGGAGAUUAGCGACCGCGCACGGAGGAAAGAUGUGGGCGGCGGCCCGGCCGGCAAUCUGGCGACGACGCCGAAAAAGGCGGGCGGCAGGAGCUGGGGCUUGGCGGACGGGUUCGACGAGAUGGAGGUGGCCGCGAGUCCGAGUAAGGGACGCGGGAGAGGACGGUCGGCUGGUUCUGUGGCUGCGAAUGUGGGAGAGCGCACGCCGACAAAGGGCAAAAGGAAGCGACCGGUCUUUGACAGCCCUAUAGCGGCUCUCGAGAUUGAUACCGCGGAUACCAUCAUGACCGACGACAAGCCGGAGCUAUUACAGCCUUCGCAGCACCACAUUGCAGUUUCUCCGCCCGGCGCGCCGUACGAAUUCUUACAACUCAUCUUAGAUCAUGGGAGCUUUCAUCAACAACCACCUACUUUUGAUAUCCUAUCUCGCUUUUCAUUCCCAUCCGACACAACAUCGGCAUCCCUAGCCUCCAAAAUAUUCGAACGACUUCCGCUCAUGGGCAGUCCACACCGGUCCAUGCAGCUGCAAGUUGACUUUGCUGAAAUCGUUAUUCUCCUGUGGAGUCGUUGCUUCGAAGAGCAAUACUGGGCGCCCAUCAAAUACCUAAUGCCGCUUCUUUCAUUUACUUUUCAGCUUCAUGUAACCUCGGUCGCCCCCCUCGUUGCUCGGAGCCUUGUGCCGAUUGCGCAGUCAACUAUUUGCCUCGUUGCCGACGCGCUGCAGUCACGCUUGCCGGACGGAAACUUGCCAAACCAGCAAGAAUACAGAUAUUUCGAAGAACAUAUUGAUACUUUGGAAGCAAUGUCGCUUUUGCAUAUGUGCGCUCUUGCUUGCGCGACGUCGCACGACGGCGUACAAACUGGAUCGGAGCAUGGCCUUUCAUCUUUUUGGAAGCUCAUGUCUCUCGAUAUGGUGCUCAUCCUGCUGUCGUCGAAGCAGCGAUUUCACGACAUUGUCAACAUGCUAGACCUGCUGUCUACCUCUUCAUUACCGGAAUCGAUAGGCCCCAUCACAGAUGUAAAAGACCCGGAGCUUGUUGCUCGCAUCAUCAUUGACCACGUUUCAGCCAGGCUCAUUGAGGGCCCGAGAUCCCCUCACACACAAUCCCAGAGAAAGACGAUCCGGGCAACGGCCCUUCGCACCCUCAUUGCUUUUGCUCGAUACCCAUUCGGCGCCUUGGAGCUUGCUAAACACGAUAACGCCCUUCCCCGACUUAUGACUUGCUUGAGCACUUCCAUCGAUGAACUCUACGACCAGCCCAUCUCGUCUGCGCUGCUCCCCGAGCUACCUGAACUAGCAGAGGAUGACGGCUACACCGAUUUCAUCUCGCACAAUGCUGGCGCCGUGGGCGAUGCGAGUUCAACGAUGGAGCUGAGUCGUAUCAUCUCGCAAUGCGUACUCCUCAUCCAUGCACUCGUCACGGAUCCGCACACGGCCGACACGGCCGACAUGAGCCGCAAGCUGUCCCUCUUUCACGGCGGCAGCCAGCGACAGCUCCUGGCGCUCGGCCGCCUAACGUUUGCGGAGGAGGACCUCGUCAUGGAAGCUGCCAUCGAUAGCGAAAUUGUGGAAGCGGCGCAUGAGCUGCUGGAACUCGCCGUGUCGCCGGACGAAGGCGAAGUCGUGAGCGAGGCUUUCGGACCAUGA